AUGAUAAACAAAGAAGAGGCUUUGAGGUUAAAGGAAUUAGGUAACAAGUGUUUUCAAGAAGGAAAAUUUGAAGAAGCUGUUAAUCAUUUCACGAAUGCAAUUAAAAAUGAUCCACAAGAUCAUGUUUUGUAUUCCAAUUUGUCUGGGGCAUUUGCAAGUUUAGGGAGAUUCUAUGAAGCAUUAGAAAAUGCAAAUAAAUGCAUAAGUUUAAAAAAGGAUUGGCCAAAGGGAUACAUAAGAAAAGGUUGCGCAGAACAUGGAUUAAGACAACUUGACAAUUCAGAAAAAACCUAUCUAGAAGGACUUAAAAUAGAUCCAAAUAAUAAAUCAUUAAAAGAUGCAUUAGAAAAUGUGAGAAAAGAAAAAUUAGCAGAAAAUAUGGAAUAUAUUAAUCACAUAAACACCAUUAUUGAAAAUGACAGAAAUUUAAAAUCUUAUAAAGAAGAAAAUGAAAAUUAUCCAAAUGAACUUUUAAAUACUAUAAAAGCUAUUAAUGCUAACCCUAUGAACAUUCGAUUCAUAUUAUCUUCCUGUAACAGAAAAAUAAGUGAAGGAGUAGAAAAAUUUUUUGGAUUAAAAUUUAAUGAAGAUUCUACAAAUGACGAAGAAAGAGAAAGGGAAAGACAGAGAAAAAUAGAAGAAGAAAAAAUAAAAAAAAAAAAACAGGAAGAAAAAGAAGAAGAAGAAAGAAGAAAAAAAAAUAGAUCACCAGAAGAAAUACUAGGGGAUGAACAUAAACAGAAAGGAAAUGAAUUUUAUAAACAAAAAAAAUUUGAAGAGGCAUUGAAAGAAUAUGAUGAAGCUAUUAAAGCAAAUCCAAAAGAUAUUAUGUACUAUUAUAACAAGGCAGCUGUAUAUAUGGAAAUGAAAAUAUUCGAAAAAUCCAUUGAGACAUGUCUAUACGCAAUAGAAAAUAGAUAUGAUUUUAAAGCUGAUUUUGCACAGGUAGCAAAGGUGUAUAACAGAUUAGCCAUUAGUUAUGCCAAUAUAAAAAAUUAUGAUAAAGCUAUCGAAGCAUAUAGAAAAUCAUUAGUAGAAGACAACAAUAGAGCUACUAGAAAUGCCCUAAAAGAAUUAGAAAGAAAAAAAGAAAAAGAAGAAAGAGAAGCAUAUAUUGAUCCAGCAAAGGCUGAAGAACAUAAGAAUAAAGGUAAUGAAUAUUUUAAAAAUAAUGAUUUUCCAAAUGCUAAAAAGGAAUAUGACGAAGCUAUUAGAAGAAAUCCAAAUGAUGCCAAAUUAUAUUCGAACAGAGCUGCAGCGUUAACGAAACUGAUAGAAUAUCCAUCAGCAUUAGAAGAUGUUAUGAAAGCCCUUGAACUGGAUCCUAAUUUUGUAAAGGCAUAUAGCAGAAAAGGAAAUUUACACUUUUUUAUGAAAGAUUAUUACAAAGCUUUGCAAGCGUACAAUAAAGGGUUAGAGUUAGAUCCUAAUAAUAAAGAAUGCUUAGAGGGAUAUCAAAGAUGUGCAUACAAAAUUGACGAAAUGUCAAAGUCAGAAAAGGUUGAUGAAGAGCAAUUCAAAAAAUCCAUGUCUGAUCCAGAAAUUCAACAAAUCAUUUCUGAUCCCCAGUUUCAAAUAAUUUUGCAAAGACUCAAUGAAAAUCCAAAUUCCAUAUCGGAGUACAUAAAGGAUCCAAAAAUUUUCAAUGGCUUACAAAAACUUAUUGCUGCAGGAAUAUUGAAAGUUCGAUAG